GAUCAAUAUAAAGCGCUAGUAAACAUGAGGUCAAAUAAAACAGGGGUCAUUCAGGGCCAAAGGUGGUGAGGAGAAGUCCUGUAUAAAGGUGGCAGCCGUGGCAAAGGACAGGCUGCAGCAGCAAGCAGGCCAACUGACACUCCUGGUUUCAUCAUCUUCUACUCAGAAUGCAAACUUUGGCAGCUUUGUGCGCUCUUUUGUCACUCCUCUUUUCUGCUCAUGCAGAUGUUGUGGAGCGUUUUGAGUAUGUGCCAGAAUGCAUGACUUACUUUUAUAAGGCAAAGGUGCCAGAAUGGGGAGCGUCCACCCCAGGCGCUGCCCGUCUGUGUCAGCGCUUCGUCAACAGGUUUCAUUUUGCCACACUGUAUGACACCAACCAUCGCAUUGCUGUCUAUUCUGCGUAUCAGUUUGAGCCCAGCAGUGGAGGUGGCAGGGAGAACAGGUGGUUUGUGGAGCCUCAGCUGGUGAAUGACGGCUGGCAAGCUGAGAUGAAGGAUGGAUACUGGCUGGGGCAGGACUACCCCGACAUCUACCUCGGAGAGAAACAAGCUCUGAACGAGGACUACACAAACUCUGGCUUUGACCGUGGUCACCUCAACCCUAACGGACACCAUCCAGUGCCCAGUCGUAAUGCCACGUUCACCCUGACCAACGUAUGUCCCCAGAACCCCAAAAUGAAUCAAGAUGCCUGGAGGAUCCAUGAGUCUGACCUCACCACUCUUUUCCUUGAAAAGUGCUCAAAGGCCUACGUCCUGGUUGGUACUGUCCCUUCAGCAGACAACUGGAUUGUCAAAAACAACGUGAAGCGCGUCAACAUCCCAGACUAUGUGUGGAAUGCCUACUGCUGCGUGGACAACAACGACCAGCCCAUUCAGAGUGGCGCUGGUACAGCAAGAAACACAGAAGAGAACUAUGUUGUAAAACGUUCACUGGAUGAACUGGGCGCCUUCCUGCAGCAGUUUUCCAAUGAACCAGUGGGGGAGCUGUUUUACAACAACUGCAGAGCAUAAAUAAUUGGCAGCUGAAAAUCUCAAUGUGGUUCCCCAAUGUUUUAGAUUCCAAUCUAUAUAUUUGAACAACCAGCCUGAAAAUCAAACUUCUGCAGCAGCUUAAUGCUGUUCAGAUUUUUAAUGGGGCCAGGGCUUACCAGCUUUCACACAAAAUCACAUUACAAUCCAAUUUAAAAUUAGAUUAGGAAUUAAAUAUUUAGAAUGCAGGUCAGAAAUAUUAGGCAUAUUUUGGCAUAAUUACAACCAUUAGAUGGCAACAAAGUGUCUUCAAUAUCAUCUUUUGUACAUCUAGAAUUUGCAUCAAGAGCUUCUGAUGGACAUCAAAACCCAAAGUGGCUUGAUGUGAAUUCAUAGCAAUAUUCUAAAAAUGGUUAAAGCUAAUGAAACUACCAUUUACCUAUUUACCAAGAAUCAAAAUUAAUAAAAGCAUGUUUCACUGGACUUUUAUGACUGAUUAUUUGUGUCUAAUUUGUACAAUCAGAUGCCAGUGGAAAAUACGGGCACAUUAUAAGAAGUUCAGAGUCACCAUCUAUAAAUUUAAUUGUUAAUGUCACUCAGCACAAAACCAACAGGCUCAGGUCUACUUCAUAAGACAUAAAAGAAGAUGGUGGCUGUACAAAUAUUCUGAAAUAAUCCAGCACACACAAUGUUGGCUGACAAACUGGGCAUUGAUUGGUGUCCCCAGGUGUUGUAAGGUUUGAGCUAGACCAAAACACAGACAGAAGUACAUGAAAAACAUGAAGAAUUAUAAUAUAAACAAAGAACUACAGCGAAGCAUGUGGUUUUCAUAUUAAUCUUGGACUUUUAUGUAUUUGAAGUGUUGCUUCCCAGGCUGGAAAAAACCCUACAGACAAACUGAAUAAAUUUAUUAAUGAAUUGUGUGCUGAAGUUUUAACUUGUGGAUUUUAAAUGUAUUCUUCCUACGUCUGAUACAUAAUUUUUAUUCCAUGGACAGGGCUAGUUUACAAAUUAUCUAUAUGGUUGAAGUUGGAUAUGUGGAGGUGAUUUUAAAUACUGAAUGCCAGGCAGAGAAAAAACUAAGACAUCUUUUGUCAAACUUUGAGAAGUUUUGACAGGUUGACAGGUGACCUCCAGAAGAGUGGUCUUGUUGGUUAUAAGGUCUACAUACUACUACAAACAACUGUUUUACAGGAAGUCAAAUGGUUGCUAUUCUCUGCCUCGUGCAUCCAGCAUCCUUUGAUUUUAAUUUUAAAAUAUAACUAACAAGGACAGAAUCUUUUUUUUUACUUAAUGGGUACAAAAGGCAGAAUAUCCUCAGAGAAUUCAAAGUUUGAUUCGCGUACUAUGUCUUGCUGCGGAAACAAAUAGUUUUUCUGUUACACCUGCAGUUCUGCCUGCUCAGGUGGUUGCAGCUGCUGCAGUUGAUCAGCAUCCUUGGAGUGUGGUAGUGCUGUUGGCAUUCCACUACAUCCAUGUUUCUCAUCUGGAGGAAAAUGUAAGUUUCUCCUCCCUGAUCUUGGAUUAGAGGUGAACUUUCUCCUUGGUUACAGCAUUGUAAUUUUUCACCUCUUGUUCUGCUGUAGUUAGUGAUUUUGAAAUAAGAAGAAAGUUGUUGUAUCAUGCAUCCUCCAAGACUGUUGCAUGGUUACAUCACUUAAGGUGUUGAGCAAAUGAUAAAGUUCUAAAUGAUUCUGAAAACAAUAGAUCAUGCGCUUGCACUGAUGGUAAAUGUUAAUUAUUGGAUGUGUUAAGGAAUGGAGCACAUCUGUGUCACAACUCCAACUCCCAACUUUAAAUGAGCCUCCAGAAUUUCAAGAUAUGUGUUGAAACAUCUUCAGGAAAAACUGAGUGAAAGUCUAGGUACCUUCAAUUUAAAGCUUCUAUGUUUAAAUUGAACAUAGAAGGUUAAAAACAUGAAUGUUUUGGCUACUGGCAUUUAUUAUAUAAUUUUGACUUCUAAGAAUAUAUUUUUAUAGGCUAACAUCAGCAGGUUUUUCUAUGAGGUGAUUUCAGUGUUUUUUUUAAUUUUUUAAAUGAAUUGUGAUAUAGGUAUCCACCUGUAUAAAUAAUAAAAAACAUUAAGAUAUCCAUACAAUUGGUGAAUAUAUGUAAUCUUACUCGACCUGCAUGGAAUCGAGCAUAAAAAGUGAAAAUGUUUGCACAGUAUGUGCACUUUAUAAAUAAAUGUUUUUGAUAA